AUGAAGGGCGUUGGCACGUGGGAGUCCGCUGUGGAGGUGGCAGAGGCCCAAAACGGUGGAGUGAAGAAAAAGCGCAGCGGCGGGUUUCAGAGUUUAGGUCUUGACAAGCCGCUACUCGAUGGAGUGCUGCGGCUCGGCUACGCCGUCCCAACUCCCAUUCAACGUAAAGCCAUUCCUCCAAUGAUUCAGGGAAAUGAUGUGGUCGCAAUGGCCCGUACGGGAUCUGGUAAAACAGCAGCAUUUCUUAUUCCUAUGCUGAAUUUGUUAAAGGCACACAGUAAAAUAGUGGGAAUUCGUGGUCUUAUUUUAUCUCCUACACGUGAAUUAAGUUUACAGAUUCUUCGAUUUGGUAUUCAAUUAAAUAAAUUUUUAGAUCUUCGUUUCGCAGCAUUAGUUGGUGGUAACUCAUUGGAUCAACAAUUUGAAUAUCUUGCCUCUAAUCCAGAUAUUGUAGUUGCCACUCCUGGACGUUUACUUCAUAUUAUGGAAGAAGCAUCACUUCAUCUCUCAAUGGUGAAAUCUCUUGUUUUAGAUGAGGCCGAUCGUCUCUUUGAACUUGGUUUACAACCACAAAUUGUUGCUAUUAUGCAAAAAAUACCCGAAAAUUGCCAACGUGCACUAUUUUCAGCUACCAUGCCUAGUGUUUUAGCAGAGUUUACAAGUGCAGGACUUCAUAAUCCAGUUGUUAUUCGUCUUGAUGCUGAUAUGAAAUUAAGUGACAAAUUAAAACAAAGCGCUUUUCUCGUUCGUAAUGAUGAAAAAGUAGCAGCUCUUAUUGUAUUACUAAAAAAGGUUAUUGGUAUAACAUCUGAUGGUAAUAAUAAAGAACAGGCACUUAUAUUUGUGGAAUCAAAGUAUCACGUAGACUUUUUACAAAUGAUUAUGGAAGCCUAUCACAUCUCCUGCAGUGCCGUACACGGACACAUGGAUCAAGAAGCCCGUCGAAAUGCUGUAAACGCCUUUGCAAAGCGUCAAACAAGUGUAAUGAUUGUUACCGAUGUUGCUGCUCGUGGUCUUGAUAUUCCAUUAUUGGAUAAUGUUGUGAAUUUCUCAUUCCCACCCACACCGAAAUUAUUUGUUCAUCGUGUGGGUCGAGUCGCACGUGCUGGACGUCAUGGUGCUGCCUAUGCUCUCUUUACAUAUGAUGACUUUGCCCACUUCGCGGAUCUCAUGUCAUUCCUUCGUCGUCCAUUACGUUGUCAACAUCAUGCGGCAAGUCUAACUGAUACUCCUGAUGAUGGAUAUUAUGGUCGUAUGCCUGAGGAAGAAUUGCAAUUGGAACGGGACUUUCUUCGUCGAUUAUCUGUAGCAGAUGUGGAGGUGCGAAAUAUGGAGAAGGUUGUGGAGAAUGCCCAUAAGAAGUUUACACGUACACGAAAGAAGGCAACCCAAGAGGCCAUUCGUGAAGCUCGACAGGAGAAGUAUCAAUUUGAUCAAACCCCUUUACAUCCUAUCUUUGUGGAGAAAUUGGAGUCUAAACGCAUUGCCGCAGAUGAGGCACGGUUUGAUUUAAAACGAUUUAAAGCAAAGGAUUCUGUUCUUGAAAUCAUUCAUGGUGAGAAGAUGUUUGAAAUUAAGAAACCUGUCACUUUACAAUCACUCUGGAAGCAGCAACGAGAAGAAGAACAGGAAGAGGAGGAGAAAGAAGAACAAGAAGAAGGUCAGAAGAAGAAUCAAAAAGGUUUAACCAAAAGUAGCAGUGAUAAUAAGAAUAAUAAUAACAACAACAACAAUAAGAAGAAGAAUGUGACCGCAAAUGAUACAAACCCUCCAGUGAAGAAAAAAUUAUCUCUUGCAGAAUCUCUUCUUUUAAAAGCACAAGAGCGAAAGAAGAGAGAGCGAGAAACUGUGGAUGAAGAUGAUGAUGGAACUACAGUUUUCUUAUCAGAAGGUGUACACUAUCUUGAUUCUGACCGAAAUGCAGAAGGUGGAAAAUAUCGUGAUCGAGAUUUCUUUAUGGAUACGGUAAAACAUAGCACUAUUGAAGAUACACACUAUUCUGUAAAGGAUGCAACACUUGAUAUUGGAGCAGAAAGUGCACAGGAAGAACAACAACAACGUAAUGUUUAUGCAUGGAGUAAGAAGAAGAAUCGUUAUGUUCGAAUGAAUGUAACUGAUGCCAAGGCAUUAUUACGAGGUGUAAAGAAUGAGGCCGGUAAGGCGGUGAACUUCAAAUCUAAGCUUGAAGCCUACUCACGUUGGAUGAAGAAGAGUAAUAUGCGUAUUCAGGAUGUUGGUGAAGAAGAAGAUCUUGGACCUCUUAAUCGUGCUCGUGAGGCCCGAUCAUUAGGUGAAAACAAUGGGGAUGAGGAUGAUGAAAAUGAGACCGUGGAUAUCAGUGAUCCGAAUCAAGGGAAGAAGUUACGCAUUGGUCGUAAACAACGACGAUUACCAAAGGAUGGUCAUGUUCGUACCUUUGAAGAAAUGGCACUUAUUAAGCGUAAGGCAGAAAAAGAAAAGGCACGUUUGGCCCGUAAAGCAAGUAGACGAAAGAGUAAAUAA